GUCACUAAUUGGAGAUUUUAAUAUACUUUGAGUAUGUUAUUGAUUGUCUUAUCAUUGUCAGUCAGUAUCAGCUACAUUUCCAAUGUCAUCUAGACAUGUUUUUUUUUUGUCCUGAGGUUAGUUUUAGCAGUUUUCUGAAACAAAUGUCUAAGCAAAUGACAACUUUUGACAUUUAUAACGUUUGAAUAACGUUGAAUUUGUAAUGUAUUUCCAGCGUAGUGUACAUUCCUGUGUCUGCCAAGAAGAGUGAAUGUCUCUUACUGACUUGACUGACUCACUCCCUAGCAAUUGCUCAAUUGUUAUGACUUUUCUAGUAAGUUAGUAGAUACUAAUAAGCCUAUUACUGUCUAAUAAGCUAACACGGCCAGUGGAAAAAGCCAUACAGUUCCUAGAUGCGAUUUGUGAUGCAGGUAAACUUAAUAAGAAACGUUAGUCAUUUUUACACUACUUAAGGGUCUCUAGCGAAAUAUUCAAACUUGGCGUGACUAAAUUAUGUAAUGUCGAGAUGCUACACCGACAAUGUACAAACGUUUAGCCCAGUGGUGUGUUGGUUGCAGACAGCCUCUCACGUGGAAGCCCCAGUUCGAAUCCAGUGUGGGAAACAGAAAUUAUCAUUUUGAAUUUGGGGGCCGGCUGAACUAGGCUUGCCUGGUUCUUUUUCUGGUUUUAAAAGCAAUUAAUUGAACUGUCUGGGUUAGAUCCUCUCAAACACAGGCUUUGGUCGUACAGCCUGUGCUAACAAUGUUUAAUUUUUAAAUACUCACAAUUUAGUCAUAAUAAUCUAAAGUGUAUAGGUUAACUGUUUAAUUAUAAAUUGCCCCAACAUAAAGACCUUUGGUAGGAAUGCAUUUAGUUAUCCACAACGUGCUCAUUCGUGUGAAGUUCGCUGGUAGGAUCCUUCCUGCAAGCGUGCUUGUUUAAUUUCGGACAAUAAUAGAGUGGGGCCGGAAUACAUUUGAAAGCGGAAAAUAAGCUAUUCCCUAAGCUAACAUAGCUAGCUAUUCCCAAGCUAACAUAGCUAGCUAUUGUAGCAGGCGUUAAUUCCUAGCCGGCUAGUAAUCAUGACGACCAAAGAGGUGUUUCGGGCACAGUUAUCCCACAUUAUGGGGUUAUUAGUUGAAUCGGUAGUGAGGGAGAUGGGGAGACUCCUGGAUGAGUGUGCUGCUGUUUUGGAUGGCCAAGAGGAUAGUUUACUGAAAAUCGAAAUGGAGCGCGUGAAUACAAUAAACACGGUGAAUUUUGAAUCAUUCAUGGAAGAGUUGAGUAGAAGUUCCAUGGAGCAAAUAUCAUUGCUCUUGAACAUUGAGGAAGUGGAUGUGACAGCCGUGGAGAGGACUGAUUCAGAAGCAGUAAUAUCUGUUGACCCAGAAGUUAAAUCUGGCAUAGUUAUAAUUGAUAUACAGCAGGAAAUUAGAAAAACAGUAGGAACACAAAACGUGGCUGUUAAGGAAGAGGGAUCUUCUUUCGAGUCUGAUAAUCAGGAGGAAGAUCCUCAACCGACAUCAGAUGAGGAGUGGCUCCCUGGUGAUGAUCCCAGCAAGAAUGCGAAUAACCACCUGCAGGUCCCAUCCUCAACCAGGCUGAAUACACCCAGAUUGUUGUCAGACCCAGGCAAGCAAGACCCAAGUAGGAGUGAAGAAGAUCCUGAGGUCCAGUGUGGUGAUUCUGCAGACGCUGUCCACAAGGCUUCCCUAAUCUGUUCCCAAUGUGGGAAAUGUUUCAAGAAGAAAUACGAUUUGACGAGACACUUUCAGACCCAUACAAAACCCUACAACUGCUCUCAUUGUGGAAAAGGCUUUAAUCUGGCCAAACGGCUUGAGGAACACGCCAAAAAACACACAGGCACCAGAGAAGGAUUGGCUAAUCCGCAGAAAACCCUUUCAAGGGAGAAGAAGUAUUGCUGUGAAUCAUGUGGCAAAAUGUUCUUUACAACUUGGUGCUUAAAAGCCCAUAUGACGAUUCAUAAACCGAAGGAGCAUAGUUGUACUGUAUGUGGACAAAGUUUUAAUAAUGGAAAUGCUCUCAGAAAGCACAGACUGGUAUCACAUCCAGGAGAAACACCAAGUUUCAUCUGUGACGUAUGUGGCAAAUGUUUUGCCAAAAGGGAUCAUCUGUACAAACACAUGCUGAGACAUAAAGAAGAGAAACCUUAUUCCUGUGAUGUUUGUGGCAAAAGGUUUCAUUCCUCGAGUAAUUGUAAAAGACAUAAGAUGACUCACACAGGUGAGAAAUUGUACUCCUGUGAAAUUUGUGGUAAGAGAUUUACUCAGUCUGGAACCAUGUUGAAACAUAAAAUAAGCAAACACACUGAUGGCAGAGAAAAGCCUUUCAAGUGUGAGAUUUGUUCAGAGGUUUGUUCAAGUGAUUACACCCUAAGAAAUCACAUGGUCACUCACACAGGGAAGAAACCGUGUCAUUGCAGUGUUUGUGGGAAAGGUUUCUUUAACAAGCAGGCCCUUAAAAUUCACUCGCUCGUUCAUUCUGGGGAGAAACCGUACGGGUGUGGUCAAUGUGGGAAGAGGUUCAGCCAGCCAAGUCACCUGAAAUAUCACGAACAUCACGUGCACACUGUUGUUAAGGCAUGUGUCUGUGACAUCUGUGGAAAGGCCUACGCCAACAGGCAGAAUCUGAAACUCCACAAAUGCACUGCGCCGGCAAAGCCGAAGGUGUUUUAACUCCACAGCUAAAUCAUUUCCACCCUGUCAAUUAACGUUUUUGUGUAUAAUUAUUAUGCUUGUGUUGCCUCGUGAAGGGGGCGGGGCAUGAGAUCACUAUGGAGAGGAGCUGCUGUGAGCAUUUUGUGGCAUUCAUUCUUUUCUGACUACUCUUGUGUGCUAGUACCAAGCUGCAGUGACUUGCUUUUUAACUUGAUGAAAGUGUUAAUUUGUCACUGGGAUUGGAUAGAGCCUGCUGACUAAUUGGAGACAAUAUUGUUGACGUCUGUCAUGUACAAUUAGUGUAUCAGCUACAUUUUUAUGAUUUUUUAAUUUUAUGAAAUUGUUGCAAGUACAAGUUUCUCUGAAGUAAAUGUCUAAGAAAAUGUCAA